ACCAAUCAGCUGAUCAAAUAAGGAACUAUGCACGUGAUUCCUCCCCCGAAAAAGAAAGAUGGCGGCGGAUAUUAUGUACACAAUACACUUGUAUGUCUUAUUUGUGCUUUUAACGCUUCGAUGUUCUUCUAGUUUUAUCGGCAAUGGUGAGAACUACCGACGGAAUUUAUCCCUGGAGCUUAACCCUGGUCUAAACUCCUCGCUGACGCCGCUACCCCCUGGUGUUGGCUUGCUCCAUGUGCGGGCGCUGGGCAAGAACGACACACUGCACUACCUCCUCUGCAGCCAGGGGGCGCCAGCAUUACUACUGGUGCACACAAACUCCACUUCAUCCAAGGUGGAGGUAGACUGGCCUGCCUUCUUGGUACAAAAUACCACAGGCAGCCUGAAAUUGACUCCGGAGAGCAGUGUUCUGUACAGCAACGCACUCGUCUUUACCAGGCUGUGGGAGUACGACGAUGUCAACGACACAGCCGUCCCCGAGCACCUACCCCCCUCCAGCUUCUUCCAGCCCUACGAGCUGCAGAACUUCACCUGGGAUGACCUGAACAAGACACUUGACCCCAUGGCCCACACCGCCCUGCUCUGUGGAAGAGGCGCCAGCGAGAGCUUCAGCAACGGUUCGCUCUGUCUGAAGUUCUCAGCCUUUGAUGUUAAGGGCCGGGACCAAGGCUGGCCCAGCCUCCUCCACAACGCAAACUCCUCCCAGCUGAGGGUGGUGCUGGACGGUGUGGUCCCGAGGUCCAAUCGCUCCCGCUUCUCUCUAGAGCUACAGGUUGUGGGCGGCACCCAGGCCAUGAGCAGAGUGGACGUGCUCCAGUCAAUAGAUGAUGAAUACACACCCUCCAUAUUCAAGGUAUCUCAGUGGGUGUCCUCUCCAGUCAACUCCACCUCUCCUGUUCUUGGCUACGCCCAAUGGAAGCCCGUGGCCUACCGCAGGCCAUCGCCUGUCUUUGAGGACGCCACUCCCUGCCGCCAUUCAACCCCUGUCCCCGUAGCCCAGCUUCCCCCCUCCGGCCUAGUGUGGGCGUAUUUUGGAGGGGAGCGCCAGACCACCGGGCUCAACAUGACCUUCAGUAUCACUGGAGACCCAUUCUACAACACCACCAACUACCUCAGCUGGACUGUGUUGGUGGGGCUGGGCUCUCCUCCUGUGGACUCGUUCUCUCCCCUGGUUCUGGUCAUCAUGGCGGUGGGGCUGGGCACUCCCAUGCUGAUCAUCCUGCUUGGCGGGGUAUGUGUGUGUGUCCGCAAGAACAGGCCCCAACCACAGGUCUAUGAGCCAAUCAACUGAGGCCAAGCCAGGAUAUGUGUACUUUUAAGUCCUGCUUUAACCAGUUUCUUGCCAAUGAGCAGACACCUCUGGGCCCAUUUUAUUCCCAAAUGUUAGCUGGAUUUAGCCUAUCGGAUAGGAUUAAAUGCAUAAGAAAUAGAAUGGAUGAAUCAUUUACUUGAAUGGGGACAACUUCUGUUACUUAUAUUUCUAUGCAUUUAAUCCUAUCUGAUAGGUGAAAAACUGGGCCCUGGUGUCCGGCAGGUGUCACUCAUUCAUACAAAAUUAAAAUGAGGUACAUGACUGUCUAAUAUGGCCACCCAUUGUUGGCACAACGGGCCAAUAAGGCUUUGACAGAAACACAUUUUUAACCACUUGCAUAAUUUAGGAAUGGGCUGAAUCAUCUUGUGGAAGAGAAAGCCCAUGAAUGAGUUGAUUUAGUUGUGCUUGGAAAUGCCAAAGGCUCCCUCCCAUCUCAAACCUAACAUUCCAUGUGAGAACAUACAGUGCCUUGCGAAAGUAUUCGGCCCCCUUGAACUUUGCGACCUUUUGCCACAUUUCAGGCUUCAAACAUAAAGAUAUAAAACUGUAUUUUUUUGUGAAAAAUCAACAACAAGUGGGACACAAUCAUGAAGUGGAACGACAUUUAUUGGAUAUUUCAAACUUUUUUAACAAAUCAAAAACUAAAAAAUUGGGCGUGCAAAAUUAUUCAGCCCCCUUAAGUUAAUACUUUGUAGCGCCACCUUUUGCUGCGAUUACAGCUGUAAGUCGCUUGGGGUAUGUCUAUCAGUUUUGCACAUCGAGAGACUGAAUUUUUUUCCCAUUCCUCCUUGCAAAACAGCUCGAGCUCAGUGAGGUUGGAAGGAGAGCAUUUGUGAACAGCAGUUUUCAGUUCUUUCCACAGAUUCUCAAUUGGAUUUAGGUCUGGACUUUGACUUGGCCAUUCUAACACCUGGAUAUGUUUAUUUUUGAACCAUUCCAUUGUAGAUUUUGCUUUAUGUUUUGGAUCAUUGUCUUGUUGGAAGACAAAUCUCCGUCCCAGUCUCAGGUCUUUUGCAGACUCCAUCAGGUUUUCUUCCAGAAUGGUCCUGUAUUUGGCUCCAUCCAUCUUCCCAUCAAUUUUAACCAUCUUCCCUGUCCCUGCUGAAGAAAAGCAGGCCCAAAACAUGAUGCUGACACCACCAUGUUUGACAGUGGGGAUGGUGUGUUCAGGGUGAUGAGCUGUGUUGCUUUUACGCCAAACAUAACGUUUUGCAUUGUUGCCAAAAAGUUACAUUUUGGUUUCAUCUGACCAGAGCACCUUCUUCCACAUGUUUGGUGUGUCUCCCAGGUUGCUUGUGGCAAACUUUAAGAAAUGGCUUUCUUCUUGCCACUCUUCCAUAAAGGCCAGAUUUGUGCAAUAUACGACUGAUUGUUGUCCUAUGGACAGAGUCUCCCACCUCAGCUGUAGAUCUCUGCAGUUCAUCCAGAGUGAUCAUGGGCCUAUUGGCUGCAUCUCUGAUCAGUCUUCUCCUUGUAUGAGCUGAAAGUUUAGAGGGACGGCCAGGUCUUGGUAGAUUUGCAGUGGUCUGAUACUCCUUCCAUUUCAAUAUUAUCGCUUGCACAGUGCUCCUUAGGAUGUUUAAAGCCUGGGAAAUCUUUUUGUAUCCAAAUCCGGCUUUAAACUUCUUCACAACAGUAUCUCGGACCUGCCUGGUGUGUUCCUUGUUCUUCAUGAUGGUCUGCACUUUUAACGGACCUCUGAGACUAUCACAGUGCAGGUGCAUUAUACGGAGACUUAAAUACAAUCUUCCUGUGUGUAAUCAUCAUCAUUAGUCAUUUAGGUCAACAUUGGAUCAUUCAGAGAUCCUCACUGAACUUCUGGAGAGAGUUUGCUGCACUGAAAGUAAAGGGGCUGAAUAAUUUUGCACGCCCAAUUUUUCAGUUUUUGAUUUGUUAAAAAAGUUUGAAAUAUCCAAUAAAUGUCGUUCCACUUGUUGUUGAUUCUUCACAAAAAAA